AUGCGCUUCCCUUGUAGCAAGAAGUCCAAAAAGGCCGACAAAGGCAAACAGCCGGCGAGAGAUCCAUUGCCGCCUUUGAUCCUCACAUCCGGUCUAUCAAAAGGUACUUGGGAUUGGUUGAGGACUAGCAAGGCAUGGGACAGAAAUGCCGAUGAAAUGGGCUCUCUGAGAGUCUUAAAAAAUAUCGAAGAGUAUCACAGCGUCGAUCUAAACCCACUGGGAGAGGCGAGGGACGAACAUCGCAGCGCUACCGUUGAGCUGGCUGAAAUGCGGUACGGAAGUAUCAGUGAUGUCCUGGGCCACAACAACUGUCUCUUUUUGAUCCUACAUAUUGCGCAUGAGGGCACGCCCAUUCCGGGUUUCACCAAGCCCAUUGCUAAAAUGUCUGUUACUGUUUGGCUGGUGGAAGAUACGGGACACAUUACGCCACUAACACCGCCAGAUUCACUGGGGGUUCCCGUUUUAAAGUCCGACAGGGAGAAUGAUACUUGGGUCGCCUUGGGAGUAGGUAUUAGUUCCACCGAUUGGCCAGAGUUUGAGUAUAUCUAUUCCCAAGAACUUCAAGAGGGGGCUUACGUAUGCGUUAGUAUAGAGUAUAGUCUUAGUAUGACCAAGGUUCUCCGUACGUGGAAAUCCGGAAAACCCCCCUAA